AUGCCUCCGAAGGUGGUCAUGGCGACGGAGGUGGAUCCGAUGUUGCAGGGCACCUACCUGCAGGAUGACGCAGAUGACUUUGUAUCGACUUCAGAGGCGCUAGAUCGAUUUGAAGCCCGGCUGGCACGAGGGGAGGGGAGGGGGCCUGUGCACAGUGAGCGGCCUUCGAGGAAACAUUUGCCGCAAGCGUAUGGCGCCGCCCCUGUGCCACAUCUUCGAAAGUCUCACGCAGUCCGACAGCAGUCUCCAACGCAGCAGCAGUUGUGUCAACAGAGUCGCAAUGGGCGAAAGAGUGCAGACGGUCUUUGUCGGGCUAACGAGGGAUUGACUGACGACGUGCAGGAACGCCUGGAAGAUAUUGAGGCGGUUCGUCAGUUGGGCAACGACAUAGUUGGGGAUGAGGAUUAA